CAGAAGAAACAGAGGCAAAAGCUGACACGGAGGAAACAUCCCCAGGAUAUCCUUCUGAACUUCUGAGCACCAGAGAGCGCACCACUGAAAGUACUAGGAACCGGCGAAAUGUCUGCACCAAAGGGAGUAUCCAUUGGCAUUGAUCUGGGCACCACCUAUUCUUGUGUUGGGGUUUUCCAGCAUGGCAAAGUUGAGAUCAUUGCCAACGAUCAGGGCAAUAGAACCACUCCAAGCUAUGUGGCUUUUACCGACACAGAAAGGCUUAUUGGAGAUGCUGCCAAGAACCAAGUUGCAAUGAACCCCAAUAACACAAUCUUUGAUGCCAAACGGCUGAUUGGAAGAAAGUUUAAUGACCCAGUCGUACAGUCCGACAUGAAGCUCUGGCCUUUCAAGGUGAUUGACGAUAAUGGAAAGCCCAAAGUCCAGGUGGAAUACAAAGGGGAGACCAAGGCAUUCUAUCCUGAGGAAAUUUCCUCCAUGGUCCUGGUUAAAAUGAAGGAGAUAGCUGAGGCCUACCUGGGACAAAGGGUGUCAAACGCAGUCAUCACAGUGCCAGCUUAUUUCAACGACUCCCAGAGACAAGCUACCAAGGAUGCUGGGGUGAUCUCUGGACUAAAUGUUCUGAGGAUCAUUAAUGAGCCCACAGCAGCAGCCAUUGCAUAUGGCCUGGAUAAAGGCAAAACAGGAGAACGCAAUGUGCUGAUCUUUGAUCUUGGCGGAGGCACCUUUGAUGUGUCUAUUCUGACCAUUGAAGCUGGCAUCUUUGAGGUCAAGGCCACUUCAGGAGACACACACCUUGGUGGGGAGGACUUUGACAACCAAAUGGUCAAGCACUUUGUAGAGGAAUUUAAAAGAAAACAUAAGAAGGACAUUAGCCAGAAUAAGAGAGCAGUGAGGAGAUUGCGUACAGCUUGUGAGAGGGCAAAGAGGACCUUAUCCUCCAGCACUCAGGCAAGCAUUGAGAUUGACUCUCUCUUUGAGGGAAUUGAUUUUUACACCUCCAUCACAAGGGCACGUUUUGAGGAGCUCAACUCAGAUCUUUUCAGGGGAACACUUGGCCCAGUUGAGAAAGCCCUGCAGGAUGCCAAGCUGGAUAAAUCCAGGAUUCAUGAAAUUGUCCUGGUUGGUGGCUCCACAAGAAUUCCCAAAAUCCAGAAGCUCUUACAGGACUUCUUUAAUGGCAAAGACCUGAACAAGAGCAUUAACCCAGAUGAAGCUGUAGCCUACGGUGCAGCAGUCCAAGCAGCCAUCCUCAUGGGCGACACCUCAGAGAAUGUCCAAGAUCUGCUGCUGCUGGAUGUCGCUCCCCUGUCUCUGGGCAUUGAAACCGCAGGCGGUGUUAUGACACCUCUGAUAAAGCGAAACACCACAAUCCCCACAAAGCAGACUCAGAUCUUCUCCACAUACUCAGAUAACCAGCCAGGUGUAUUGAUUCAGGUAUUUGAAGGCGAGAGAGCCAUGACCAAAUGCAACAACCUUCUGGGCAAAUUUGACCUCACAGGUAUCCCUCCAGCUCCCCGAGGUGUUCCACAGAUAGAGGUAACAUUUGAUAUUGAUGCCAACGGCAUUCUAAAUGUAUCCGCCGUGGACAAAAGCACCGGCAAAGAAAACAAAAUCACCAUCACCAAUGACAAGGGCCGCCUUAGCAAAGAAGAGAUCGAGCGGAUGGUGCAGGAUGCUGAGAAGUACAAGGAUGAUGAUGACAUUCAGAGAGACAAGGUUGCAGCAAAGAACACGCUGGAGUCCUAUGCCUACCAGAUGAAGAGCAGUGUUGAGGAUGAGAGUCUGAAAGGUAAAAUUAGCGAAGAGGAUAAAAAGAUGGUCAUUGACAAGUGCAACCAGACGAUUUCCUGGCUGGAGAACAACCAGCUUGCAGAGAAAGAUGAGUAUGAGCACCAGCAGAAUGAACUCGAGAAGGUGUGCAGACCAGUUGUGACAAAGUUGUACCAGGGAGCAACACCAUCAGGAAGCUGCGGCGGCCAGGCAGGAGGAACCUCCCAGGGCCCUACUAUUGAGGAAGUGGACUAAAGCUAUUCACCUCAGCAUAUCACACUCAUGGGAAAAUUUACAACUGCGGUUUAGUAAAAAUAAAUGAUUUCAAUGUUGUUUCCUUUUCUACAAUAAAUUCUAUAAAAGCA